AAGAGUAUAAACUAUAGGGUACCGAUUAACCCUUCCGCUGGGCCUGAAGAGCAACGUGAAUGUCAAGAGGAGCAGCAGAAGAUUGACGAGGCCCAACAACUAACUCCUGAGGAAGAAGCUGAAAAGUCAGAACUCCUCACCCAGGGUUUCACCAAUUGGUCCAAACGUGAUUUCCAACAAUUUAUCAAAGCCAACGAAAAACAUGGACGUGAUGACUUAGAGGCCAUCUCUCAAGACAUUGAGGGUAAAACUCCUGAGGAGGUUAAGAAAUAUGCUCGUGUAUUCUGGGCUCGAUGUAAUGAGCUUCAAGAUGUUGACAAACAUAUGAGUCAGAUUGAGCGUGGUGAGACCAAGAUUCAGCGACGUGCUGCAGUCAAACGUGCUCUGGAUAUCAAAAUGGGACGUUACAGAGCGCCAUUCCAUCAACUGAGGAUAACAUACGGUCCAAAUAAGGGCAAGAACUACACUGAAGAAGAUGAUCGCUUCCUGAUUUGCAUGCUGCAUAAAUUAGGCAUUGAUCGUGAUAAUGUCUACGAUGAUCUGAGACUCGCUAUUAGACUUGCUCCUCAGUUCCGUUUCAACUGGUUCAUUCGAUCGAGAACUUCCAUGGAGCUUCAACGUAGAUGCGGAACCCUAAUCACCCUCAUUGAACGUGAAAUUGAAGCGGAUGAUAAAGCGAAACCCCGUAUUUCUCAAGGUGUUGCAGGUGCUUCAACUGCAGCGGCAACGACUACAAAUUCAGCUGGACAAAAGCGCAAGUCCUCAACUGCUGUUAUCACCGCACCAGCAGAAAAGAAGGCUAAAGCUUAA